AUGGAACACGAAUCACCUUCCGUUUCCGUUAGAACUCAGCUACUAGACAUAGAACAAGAAAAUCUUCCAGCAUCGCGGAAAAGUAUUUCAAUUUCGCAAGUCUCAAGCCAUAUUGACACUAAUCUGGAUUAUUCCUAUUUGUGUAAACCAAGCGAUAAUCUUAACCUUAAUCGAUCUCUGCUAGAAUCACAAAAAACAACAUUGUUAAACCGUACGCUAACAGGGCAAAAAAUUCUUCAAAGAGCAAAACUAACACCACUAUCAAACACAAGCCAAAAUGAGCUAUGUAAUAUAGUAGCUGAGUACCAUCUGAACUUGGGACGUGUUACGACUGAGCAUUUUCUUAAUGUAUAUGCUGAAGCAAUAAUUUGUCUUUUGGAUUACGAAAUUAAGGAAGAUUAUUUCAUACCACGUAAAGGAGACAAGAAAAAUCCCAGCAGAAAAUUAUAUAAUAAAAUUACUAACCUCAAACAAAAAAGACGAAAUCGAGAGAAAGCAGAAGGAGAACUUCCCGAUAAGCGUUCCAAAGUUAUACAGAUUGAUGCAUUUUGUGAAACUCCAGACCUAGAUGAUGCGAAUAGCUGGCUUUGUUUGAAUAGCAAACCGUGGAAUAUUGUUCUGGAGAAAUGGCGAGGAACACAUGUCACACGGAAAAAAUUGUUAUUGAAGCCUAACCAAGAAGCUCUUUUAUUUGAAAAAUAUCCACAUUAUACUGAAACAUUUGGAUAUCAACUAGUAGAUAUCGAUUUCCAACUGUUGCAUGCAGGGAACAUUGAUGGUCUUAAAAAAUUGCAAUACGAUCUUCCGAAGAUCACAAAAGUUUUGAACAGGACAUACACUGAUGAAUACUCAAAAGAGUUGCUUGAAUACAUACAAACACCGAACAUCAAUAUAGAUAGUUGUGGUAUUUUUAUCACCAGAUUCUCAGAUCACGUCUGUUUUAAUUCUGCUGAACAGUUUAUUGAAACCAACCAAGGUGACGCUGCAUUAUAAACCUUCGGUACUUGUAGCACAAGAAGAGAUAAUUAUAUUCGCAACAACGGAU